UUGUGCUCUUUGCCCCUCUAGUCAGUCAGACCCUCUUUAAUGCAGUUCAACGUGUUUCCUGGGCUCAUACCUGGAUACCACCUGACUGCAAAAUGUCUCGGGCUGCUGAAAGACUCAGACUGCUCAUCAGUCAUCUUGAUCGAUCACCCGAUCACAUUAAAGCCGCACCAACUUCUGCUCUAAGUGUCUCCUACAGUCACCCACAGAGGUUGAGAUACACUGUCGAUAAUGAUCUGCUGACCCCCGAGCAGCGACUCUCCUAUGAGGAGAAUGGCUUCAUCCUCAUCAAGAAUCUGGUGUCUGAAGAGGAUAUCGACGGGUUCAAGAAGGAGUUUGAACGGAUCUCCCGACAGGAAGUGAAGGUUCCAGGUCUGCUGGUAAUGAGGGACGUGUCGAUCGCCAAGUCAGAAUAUGUUCCGGAUCAGAAAGCAGUCUCCAAGCUCCAAGACUUCCAGGAGGAUCCUGAGCUGUUCCGGUAUUGCGCCUUACCUGAGAUUCUGAAGUACGUGGAGUGUUUUACUGGACCCAACAUCAUGGCUAUGCACACAAUGCUGAUCAACAAGCCCCCCGAUGCAGGUAAGAAGACAUCUCGUCACCCGAUGCACCAGGACCUGCAUUACUUCCCGUUCCGCCCGGCUGAUAGGAUCAUCUGCUCUUGGACUGCGAUGGAAAGAGUGAACAGGCAGAACGGCUGCCUGGUCGUCCUGCCGGGAACCCACACUGGCACCCUGCAGGAGCACGACUACCCCGAGUGGGAGGGUGGCGUCAACAAGAUGUACCAUGGAGUGCGUGGCUAUGACCCACAGCACCCUAGGGUGCACCUGGAGAUGGAGAAAGGUGAUACUGUCUUCUUCCAUCCUCUGCUGAUCCAUGGCUCUGGCAUGAACCAGACACAGGGUUUCCGCAAGGCCAUCUCCUGCCACUAUGCCAGCGCUGACUGCUAUUACAUCGACGUGAAGGGAACAACGCAGGAGAACAUAGAGAAGGAGGUGCAGGAGAUCGCUGCCAGAAAGUAUGCUUUGGGCCAAAUCAGCUUUGAGGAUACGUGGGCUUUCAGAGGCCGCCUGGUGCAAGGAGAGAGGAUUUCACUGUAAUGAGACCCACAGGCCUGAUGCAAACUGAAUCUACGCUGCUGCAGGACCGAUCGCUAAGCCGAGAACAGACUGAUGGUGAUUAAAAAGUACCCUGGAAAUCAUUUCAAAGCCAAAAGGGCUUGUUGUCUAAUUCUCCUGAAUCACCUACAGUUUUAAAUUGGGUAAUGCUAUUUUUGGUUGAAUUGCUGUACUUUUAAUUGACGUCGAUAAGUUCACUGUAACAUAUCAGGAAUUUAAUCCAAGAAAUCUUCAAUAGAAAGAUCUUGAUCAGAGUCCUUCAUGAGAAGAAUCAGGAUGUUAAGUACCUUACAUUCAGGAUUCCUUCAAAUGCUCGCUUUACAGCAUUUUAAAGCACAAAAAAAAUCUAAUUAGAGCCCGACCGAUAAAUCCACUAGCUGAUAGCAGCCGAUAUUAGCGUAUCAAGUGACUAUCGGUAUUGGCUAAUUUUAUCGCAGAUGUGCGCCGAUAUUACUGCAUUUAUUUACCAGUCUAAUAGCAUUUCAUUUGAGUUUCAUUGUAUUACACUAGCAGUUCUCUGUCACCAUUAGAGGGCGCUAUAUGGAUUACAACAAGCGUCAUCAAUCUCCAGAGUUUCAAGCGGUGACGCACGUACAUGGGUAGUCACUUGUAUCUUUUCCACAAGUGUUUGGUAACCACAUUAAAAAGAUAAACACAAUAAAUGUUAAUACCUAUAUCUAUCUCUAAAGAUUGAACAUACCUGCAGAUUUAUCAGAUUUUUUCUCUUCCUAUUAUCGGUAUCGGCCCAAAAAAUCCCAUAUCGGUCGGGCCCUAGUGUUCAUAGCACUUAAGAAUAAAAGAAUAUCAUGAAUGCAUCCUGAAAUGUUUAUCAAGCUGUUUAAUAAAAAUGGAAAUUGAAGGGAUGUUAAUUUUAAAGGCAGGCUAGCUAACAGGACAUGAAAUGUUGAUAAAGAAAAGUGAUCGUGUUUGUGUGAGAGGUAGAGCAAAGUGAAAAAGAGAGCAAUGAAAGCAAUAUGUGAGAACGAUGAUGUGAAGAAUCAGGGUUGAUUGUAGCUCUUGUUAAAAGACACUAACUGAGGCCUUUUCCUGAUACUGCCUUAUAACGUUUUCAGUGUGUUAAUACUCUGUAGAUAUGUAGAAAAUGAGUGAAUGGUUUAUAGAAUCAAGCUGUGAUCAAUGAAAUGUUGAAUUAACAUUAAUAAUAAAAUAAAAAACGGCAUAAUGAGA